AGUAAUAACCUCGGUUCCGGGGCGGCGGCAGCGGCACAACCCGCGGCGCACGUGUCGUCGCUAACCCGCCCGCAAGCCCCGCGUCCAGGGCACGCAGCUCCCGCCGCGCCGCGCCGCGCCCACUCCGCAGCGGCGCCUCCGCUCCCGACAGCCCGGCGGCCCCUUGGCCAGUGGCCCGUCCAUGCUCUCGGCCACCAGGACGGCCCGCCAGCUCUUUCACAGCCUCUUCCCGAUCCCGAGAAUGGGUGACUCCGCCUCCAAGAUCGUCAGCCCCCAGGAGGCCUUGCCGGGCCGGAAGGAGCCCAUCGUCGUAGCGGCCAAACAUCAUGUCAAUGGCAACAGAACAGUUGAACCUUUCCCAGAGGGAACACAGAUGGCUCUAUUUGGAAUGGGCUGUUUCUGGGGAGCUGAAAGGAAAUUCUGGAACCUGAAAGGUGUAUAUUCAACUCAAGUUGGUUAUGCAGGAGGCUAUACUCCCAAUCCUACUUAUAAAGAAGUCUGCUCAGGAAGAACUGGCCACGCAGAAGUAGUCCGGGUGGUGUACCAGCCAGAACGCAUCAGCUUUGAGGAACUGCUCAAGGUCUUCUGGGAGAAUCAUGACCCGACCCAAGGCAUGCGCCAAGGCAACGACCACGGCUCUCAGUACCGCUCCGCCAUCUACUCGACCUCCGCCGAGCACAUGGGGGCAGCCCUGAGGUCCAAAGAGGACUACCAGAAGGUUCUGUCGGAGCAUGGUUUCGGCCUGAUCACCACAGACAUCCGGGAGGGACAGACCUUUUACUACGCGGAGGAUUACCACCAGCAGUACCUGAGCAAGAACCCCGACGGGUACUGCGGCCUCGGGGGCACCGGAGUGUCCUGUCCCCUGGGUAUUAAAAAGUAAUUUCUCCCCACGUGGUCAGCCCUCGAGGUCACAGCCAAAAUGCUUCCAACAAAUCGGGGAGUUCUUUUGUAGUUCACGCCAGGAGCUUUUUGAAGUGCACAAAGGCAUUCAUAAAAAUCUGGUUUAUUAAGGGGUAAUUUACAUGAAGUGCCAUGGCAAGAUGAUAACAUGUAAUUUAUCUUCUAAAAAGUUAUGGCGGGAGGAGCCCGUGUUGAAAAUUUUUGGAUCAUUUGAUGUCUGAAUGAGGAUAAUGAAUAAUCAGUGUUCACCUUUUUUGUGCUUGGGUGCCUGCCCUGGACGUCAGGGAACUAAGCUGGGAGAAUAUGUGUUGGGGGGCAGAGGUCAGGGCUUCCGUCACCGCAGCCGGCCCCCUCAAAAGCCUUCCUGCCCUUCAGUGCCUUAAAAUUUGCAGACGUUUAUAGCCUCAAUGAAUCAUUCACUGAAAUACUUUGCUCAACUUAUCCUAUACACGUAUAAGCGGCUUUCUCUCUCUUUUUCGGCCUCUUCAUGGCAGGGGAAAGCUGUGAGUUAGCUUGAUAAAUUUUAACGCUUUGCUCACAGCUAUGGCAUAUGCUUAUUCUAAUAAAGGUCUACAAUCUGCUAAUACAAA